AUGAACAUCAAUUCAAUUACAUAUAAUAACUUUAAAUUACUACUGAAUUUUCUUUCUAUGAAGAUAAAUGGCAAAUUUAUUGUAGUAUGGUGUCCAAUUCCAGAUUGUAAUGAAUUGUUAAUGGGACAAUUUAUUUGUAAAGAACCUGAAAUUAACCCAAAUACUACACAACCAAUUACAUGUCAACCGGGUAACAUAAUUUUAUUAAAUUGUACUAUUAUUCCUGGUCUUAAAUGUCAAAUUAAUGGGACUGUUAAUACAAAAAGUUGGUUUAUGAAAAAAUUGAAAAAUGGUUGUACAUACUCAACAAAUUAUAGUUAUCAUACAGCAGUAACAUUAUCAGUAUUUUUUGGUUGGUUAGGAGUAGAUAGAUUAUAUCUUGGUUAUCAUGCUAUUGCAUUUUUCAAAUUAAUCACAUUUGGAUUGUUUGGUGUACUUUAUUUGUUAGAUGUCAUUCUUAUUGCGUUACAGAUACUUGGACCAGCUAACGGUGAACAAUAUUUUAUACCACAUUAUGGACCAAAAUCAACAUAUAUUGGAUAUGAUAAUAAUGAUAUUGAUGAUAAAGAAAGUCUUGGAAAAACAUGUACGUAA